UGCCACUAAGAAAUCGGGUUGCACUGUGUGUCCUGCUGGGCAGUUUUGCGGUUCGGUGGGCUUGAGUAGACCAUCUGGACCCUGCCGAGAGGGGUUCUACUGCCCUGCCGCGGCAUCGUCAUCCACUGGUUCUGAUUCUGAAGGUGGUCUCUGUCCUCAAGCGCACUUCUGCCCCACUGGCAGUGCCAUGCCUGUUCCCUGCCCUGCGGGCACUUAUACCAACCUGACAGGACAGAUUAAGUGCAGUCCCUGCCACGCUGGAUACUAUUGCCCAGAGAGUACCAGCAAAUACACUCUGUACCCCUGCCCUCCUGGAUUCUACUGCCCUGAUGGAACAAAACAUGCCACCCAGUUUCCCUGCCCACGAGGCUAUUACAACCCCGAGCCGAUGACCCACAGCCUGGACAGCUGCUUACCCUGUCCUCCAGGCCACUACUGUGAGAAAGAGCGCCUGUCCGCUGUGUCUGGGAAAUGUAAAGCUGGAUGGUUCUGUGUAUCUGCUGCCUGGAACGCUCAGCCCUUUGACCUGGACAACUACACUAACGCUAACUGCCUAUGCCCUGCUUCCUCCACUGGGGGCAGAUGCCAGGAGGGGUUUUACUGUCCAUCAGGGACCUCUGAGCCUCAACCUUGCCCUCCAGGAGCUUUCUGCAAUGCAACCGGUCUAGCCCUGCCGAGUGGACCGUGCUCUCCUGGGUAUUACUGCACGAGAGAAGCCACUUCCUCCAGGCCUAUAGAUGGCAUUACAGGCAACAUCUGCCCUCCAGGGACUUACUGUGACGAGGGCUCCAGUGCACCACAGCCAUGUCCAGCGGGGACUUUCUCCUCAGCAGCGGGCCUUGUAAGCAAGGACAAGUGUCAGGCCUGUAGAGCUGGAUACUACUGUGCUACCGUGGGCCUUCAGGCUCCUACUGCCCCCUGCAGGGAGGGUUACUGGUGCCCGCCUGGUCAGACAGAUGACCUAGCUCUGCCAUGUCUGGUCGGUCAUUACUGUCCCCCAGGAAGCUCUGUCCCAAUUUUUUGUCCCACUGGGACAUAUCAGGACAAGCAGAAGCAGGCAAACUGUACAAUCUGUGAAUCAGGCAAGCCGCAGUUUUCUAAAGAAAACUGUGACACACUCCCACAUUUCUAUUUCUGA